AAAUUAAAAACCCUGCAAAAACCCUAGCCAACAAAUUGUGAGAGAGAGGUAGAUCCGAUGGGGAGGUCGAGAAGGAAAUACAAACAAUCUCGUGCCAAGGUCAAAGUCGGUCUCCCCAGGAAAAACCCUCACGUCUUUAAGCCAUGCUUCACUCUUCCUCCCAAGCUCCGUUCACUCGCCAACGUCGACGAUGCCCUCUCCAAGUGGGACGACAAAGCCAGCGUCAUCCAAAACUACAAGUCCUUUGGGGUUGUUUCUAACCCUAACUACCUCGGCGUUCGUUCUCGUACUUCCCACAUCGUGGAGAGCGAUUCACUCCAAGUCCCUCAUUCUCCGCCUUCCGAUGAACCGGCUGAUGAAUUCGAGCCCAUUGAUUCGGGCAGCGAUCUCGAAGAAGAUGACUUAAAAACAGCACUGGGGAAGAAGCGAAGAGAUGGAAAAAGCACACAUUUACAGCCACUGACCACCAUGCAACGUCUUUACAUUGGCCAGCUGAUUGAGAAAUACGGCGAUGACUACCAGGCAAUGUUCAUGGAUGUAAAAUUAAAUAAGAUGCAGCAUUCGGUUGCGAAUCUGGAGAAGCUAUGCAAAAGGUAUCAUAUGUUUGGAGAUAAGAAUCCUUUGAUAUUAUCCCGUUGAGAAUGUUUUCAAGUUUUUGCAUGGCAAUCUCUCGGGGCUAUGGAAUUUGUAGAGGAGUUCUAAAAUAGAUUAUAGUAUGAUCAAAUGAUGUUGUACUUGUUGCCUGGCUCAACUUUCAAUUUAGAUUGUUGUAUUCUCAUUUUGACAAUGCAGUAAAAGGUAUCAAUUUUCAUUCUCAUUCAA